GGUCACAGCAAUCAACGCCGAGCAGAUCCAUCCUCUCUAACUAUGUUUUUGAAUAUAUGCUCAUUAAAAUGGGGUCUAAUUAAAACCAUAUAUAAUUUUAACUUAUUUCAUGGAGGAUUGGAUUGAUAAAGUGAUAAAGUAUAGUUCUGUAUGGGGAAUUUACGUAACUAAUUAGGACUAUUUCGUGCGGAGGCGGAUGUGAGUUCGGGUGUGAGCAGGCCACACGUCCAGAUCGUCCCCAUAGCAAGAUGGAGUAGUGUUUUUCUGGUGAUUUUGCACGUUUUUGGUCGUGUUUUCAACUCCAAGACGCUCCUGGACUUUUCUAGCUGGGAAUACCACCGUGUCCGAGCGAUGCCGGAGCACGACGAGUUCGUACCGCCGCCGGAGGCUCCGGUGUUCGAGCCGAACGAGGAGGAGUUCGCCGAGCCGCUGGCUUACAUCGCGAAGAUUCGGCCCAUUGCAGAGAAGGCUGGGAUCUGUAAAAUCCGCCCACCCCCGGACUGGCAGCCACCCUUUGCAGUGGAUGUGGACAAUUUCAAAUUCACGCCUAGGAUCCAACGGCUAAAUGAGCUUGAGGCAAAAACAAGAAUCAAGCUGAACUUCCUUGACCAGAUGGCCAAGUUCUGGGAACUACAGGGUAACACCUUAAAGAUUCCAACGGUGGAAAGAAAGCUGCUGGAUCUAUACGGACUCAGCAAGGUUGUGCAGGAAGAGGGAGGGUUUGAGCAGGUGUGUCGGGACAGGAAGUGGUCCCGUAUCGCUGUGAAGAUGAACUACCCUCCUGGGAAGAACGUGGGCUCCCUGCUGAAGGGGCACUACGAGCGCAUCCUGUUCCCAUACGACGUGUUCCAGUCAGGCGCAACGCUCGCUCCCGUCAAUACGGAUAAGCAGGAUGUGGAGGACAGUAAGGACAAGGACUACAAGCCCCACGGCUUCUCCACCAGGAUGGGGGGUGCGGGGCCGGGGCGCAGAGGCAAGAGGCCCAUGAGGAUGGAGACGGGGGUUCAAUCUCAAGUGCACGUGGCCGAGACCAGCCACGUUAAGAAGGAGGAGAACAUCGACAUGAGCGCCAACCCUGAGCUGAAGAAGCUGCAGAUAUUCGGGCCCGGGCCGAAGAUGAUGGGGCUGGGACUCAAGGCACAGGAGAAGAACAGGCUCAAGAAGAUGAAAGAAGAAGAAGGGCAUGACGAUGUGAAACCUGAGCCUGUGGUGGAGGUGAAACAAGAACCUGGGGAAACACCUGCGGAACAGGUCCCACCUGCCCAACAGACAUCACCGGCCGAGGAGAAAGCUCCGGAGAGGCGGUCGCCACGGAAACUGGACACGCCCAAGAAGGAGGGGUCGCCUCCAUCUGCGCCUAAGGAGGAGGUCCGGAGGCUGAGGGAACGGAGUGGGGCGCUGGCGGCAAACUUUGGCGUGUCUUCAGGCAUGUCUGUCCGACGUCGACACGGGAUCGACACGUACAUCUGCCACUCGUGCGGGAAGGGAGACGACGAGAGCCACCUGCUGCUGUGUGACGGCUGCGACGACGCUUUCCACACCUACUGCCUCAUCCCCCCUCUCACCGACAUCCCCAAGGGAGACUGGAGGUGCCCCAAAUGUGUGGCCGCAGAAUGCUCGAAGCCAUCUGACCCUUACGGGUUUGAGCAGGCUCGUAAGGAGUACACCCUGCAGUCCUUCGGGGAGAUGGCAGACCAGUUCAAACAGGACUACUUCAGUAUGCCUGUCCACAUGGUUCCUUGUGAGACGGUUGAGAAGGAGUUUUGGCGCCUGGUGAAUUCGAUCGAGGACGACGUGACGGUUUCGUACGGCGCUGACCUGCACACGGUGGAACACGGCAGCGGCUUCCCCUGCAAGUCCAAUGGGAAGGCCAUGAGCCCGGAGGAUGAGGAGUACGCCAUGGCUCCGUGGAACCUGAACAACCUCCCGGUGCUGGACGCCUCCGUUCUGAGCCACAUCAGUGCCGACAUCUCUGGCAUGAAGAUCCCAUGGACGUAUGUGGGGAUGUGCUUCUCCUGUUUCUGCUGGCAUAAUGAGGACCACUGGAGCUACUCUAUCAACUACCUGCACUGGGGCGAGCCGAAGACGUGGUACGGCGUGCCCGGUGCGAGGGCACAGGAUUUUGAGGCGGUGAUGAAGCAGAACGCGCCGGAGCUGUUCGUGAACGCGCCGGACCUUCUGCACCAGCUGGUCACCAUCAUGAACCCCAUGAUCAUCAUGGAAGGGAAAGUGCCGGUGUACCGGACCAACCAGUGUGCGGGGGAGUUUGUGGUGACGUUCCCUCGGGCGUACCACGCUGGCUUCAACCAAGGCUACAACUUCGCAGAAGCCGUCAACUUCUGUCCUGCAGACUGGCUCCCCAUUGGCCGAGCGUGUGUGGAACACUACAGCGACCUGAAGAGGUUCAACGUGUUCGCGCACGAGGAGCUGAUCUGCAAGAUGGCGGCCAACCCGGACGCUCUGGGCCUGGACAUUGCCGCGGCAACGCACAAGGAAAUGCUGCAUAUGGUUGAGACGGAGAAGAAGUCUAGAAGGGCUCUGCUGGAAAGGGGCACGACGGAGGCAGAGCGAGAGGCAUUCGAGCUGCUUCCAGACGACGAGCGCCAGUGCGACUCCUGCAUGCGGACAUGUUUCCUGUCUGCCGUUACCUGCCCAUGCAGUCCCAACAAGCUGGUGUGUGUGCGACACGCCGACCGCCUGUGUGACUGUGGACCUGCCAGGCAUGUGCUCAGGUACCGGUACACGCUAGACGAACUGCCCUCCAUGUUACACAGACUGAAACUGCGGGCGGAGUCCUACAACAUCUGGUCCAGCAAAGUCAAGGGCGCCAUGGAGGCUCCACAGCUGGACAAACUGGAGUUGACGGAGCUGAAGGAGCUCAUCACGGAAGCUGAGGAGCGGAAAUUUCCGGAGAACGAGCUUCUCCAGGCGCUGGAGUCUGCUGUAGCCGAGGCUGAGAAGUGUGCCAGCGUGGCCGCGACCUGCUGAACCGAGUGGAGUCCUUCCAACAGGAAGCCCAGGCUGCCCUCCAGGACGAGAUGCCCAACUCUGAGAAGCUUCACCGGCUGCUGGAGAUCGGGGUGGGGCUGGACGUGGAGCUGCCAGAGAUGCCCAAGCUCAAACAGGAGCUUCAGCAGGCUCGGUGGUUGGACGAGGUCCGUGAGACGCUCUGCACGCCGUCCCAGGUGACGCUGGACGCCAUGCGGAAGCUGAUCGACUCGGGCGUGGGCCUGGCGCCGCACCCCGCCGUGGAGAAGGCCAUGGCGGAGCUACAGGAGCUGCUGACGGUCAGCGAGCGCUGGGAGGAGAAGGCCAGGAUAUGCCUGCAAGCCAGACCACGGCACGUCAUUGCCACCCUAGAAGCCAUCAUCAACGAGGCCAAGACCAUCCCAGCCUACCUGCCCAACACCUUGGCACUUAAGGAGGCUCUGAGGAAAGCCAAGGAGUGGACGGCCAAGGUGGACGCCAUCCAGGGUCCGGUGACCCCCCGACAAGGCCGGGUCGCUACAGCUGGGGAAAAGGGCACCAGACAUGACAACUCAGAGCACUACCCUUACCUGGACAUCCUGGAGUCUCUGGUGAUGAAGGGUCGGCCCAUCCCGGUACGUCUGGAGCAACUGCCGCAGGUGGAGUCCCAGGUGGCAGCUGCGCGCUCCUGGAGGGACCGCACCGCAAGAACCUUCCUCAAGAAAAACUCUCCUUACACUCUCGUGGAGGUUCUGUCCCCAAGAGUGGACAUUGGUGUCUACACCAGCAGCAAGACAAGACGUAAGAAAAACAAGGAGGCAUGUGCCGAGAAGGAGAAGGAAAAGGAGAAUACCAACAUCUUUGACUUCAGAAUGGAGGAGGUCAGAGACCCAGCCACUAUUGUAAGUAACGUACAAAUCGUUGCCCAGUUUAAGGAGUCUGAGCGUAAGGAGGUGGAAGCCAUGCGGGAGUUGCGAGCCCGGGACCUGCAGAAACAGCGGGAGGUUUGCGAGGAGGGUGCGGAGCACAAGUUCUGCCUGUGUCGGAAGGGGGUAUCGGGUUACAUGCUGCAGUGCGAGCUGUGUAAGGACCUGUUCCACACGUCCUGCGUGCCGCUGCCCAAAGCCAUCGCCAGCAAGAACAAGAACAUGUCUCCGCUCGCGGCCGCCCAGGCCACCAAGGAGCUCAAGUUCCUGUGCCCGCUCUGCAUGAGGUCGCGACGGCCCAGACUCGAAACCAUCCUGUCCUUACUCGUGUCGCUACAGAAACUGCCCGUCAGGCUGCCCGAGGGCGAGGCCCUCCAGUGCCUGACGGAACGGGCCAUGUCGUGGCAGGACCGGGCCAGACAGGCACUAGCGACGGACGAACUAUCGGGGGCUCUGGCGAAGCUGUCUGUCCUGAGCCAGCGUGCCGUGGAGGCGGCCGCUCGCGAGAAAACGGAGAAAAUCAUCACGGCCGAGCUGCAGAAGGCUGCGAACAAUCCGGAGCUGCAGGGGCACAUACAGAGCGUGCAGCAAAGCGCCUUUGCGGGGUCAUCGACCUUCGCUGAGAACGGGAGAACGUCGCCAGACGCCCUGGUCCCGUCUGUCAGCCCGGUGAACCCGGCCGCGGGCAUGCCUGCUAUUCUACAGAGUGGAGGCAGCGCUGCACAGGCACUGAGCGCGGCCGCAGCGGCCUACACAGCGGGGACCCAGCCCGGCGCUGCUAUCAGCCAGAUCCCGGCGACAGCGUCCGACGACAGCCAAUCAGAGCGGGAGGAAAUGUCAUCAUCCUUCAACUCGGAGCACGCCUACUCCUCAGCAUCCAAGGCACAGCCUGGAACGCCAAGGAAGCACCCUCGGAAGACGGCGCACGUCCCUCGGUCAGACGAGCCCCCGGUUCUGGAGCUGUCUGAGCUGGCGAAGGCUCAGCUGGAGGACCUCAUGAUGGAGGGAGACCUGCUGGAGGUGUCGCUGGACGAGACCCAGCACAUCUGGCGCAUCCUGCAGGCCUGCCUGCCUAAACAGGAGGACUCCUCUAUACUGCACUUCCAGGAGGAUGAAACCAUUACCCGGGCAACCGCUGCCAAGCCCAAACCCAAGGAGAAGAAGAAGAUCAUCAAGCGAAAGAAGGAGGAGAACAUCGAGCUGGAGAAGCCAGGUGAGGAGCUGGACAAGCCCAAGAAGAAGAAGAUGAAGAUCAAGAAGGAGGUUGUGGAGAACAACAAGCCUCCGGAAGUUCUGGAGAAGAAGAAGAAGAAAGUGAUGAAGAAGAAGGAGAACAAGGACCCGAUGCGGGAGCGGGAGGUCCAGGUGAAGAAGGAGCGGGAAGAGAAGAUGAUCGUGAACGUAGAUGGAGACAGCGAUCACCAGGAGGAGGAGGAUGAUGAUGAUGACCAGGACUGUGCAGCCAAGCGCUGCCUCCAACCGACAGGUGACGAGGUAGACUGGGUGCAGUGUGACCGGUGCGAAGAGUGGUUCCAUCUUGUGUGUGUCGGCUUGAAACACCAGCCCACCGACGAUGAGGAGUACGUCUGUCGCUGCUGCAAGCUCAAGCAGCAGAAGGCCGCCAAGCGCGCCGAGAAGCGGAAAGACACGGAGUCGAGCUCGUCUGCUCCGAGCCCCCGGGCCAGGUCGGUCAGCUACAGCAGGGAAAACAGCACCACGAGCUCCACAAGUGGCAGCAUGGACGCUGCCGUCAGACAGACUGUUCCGGAAACCCUGCCGGACGCACAGGACAUGGAGGCGACGACAGAGGAAACGUUAGUCUCUAACGAAGAUGAUAACAAGGAGGCAGAGGAGGCAGAGGAGCCUGUGGUGGUGGAGGAAACCAUGGAAACGGCAGAGACGGAGGACGGGGACCAGCCCCAGAGUUUAGUGGAACUGUUAGCCAAAGACUCGGUCGUCGCGGCUUCAACCAAUCAAAUUCCCCUGAUGGAGGUGUCGUGACGGCACACCCAGACUCACCCCCCUUAUGUAUUGUUGUAGAGAAGCGGCGUAGGUCAGCUGUGUAGGUCUGUCUCAACACAUCAGUUUCACCACUAGGAUGGACUGUAUAUUUUCCUUCUGCCUUUAUUUUCACAAGCCUUGUGUAUAAUGGACUAGUGUGGCCCAAGUAACAGCCAAACGUUGAUCCAAACUGCCGAGAACCCUUCGAAGGGAAACUGCUGCAUAUCUUAGGAGUUUGUGUACACAUGUCUGUAGAGAUGGGAGGAUGUGCUUUAAUAAGGGGUUUGGGGUGAAUCUUCUGUACAGUAUUCUGUGUGUAUGUUCUACGUGAAGAAUCCCUGCAAUAUUGUACACACCCAUUCCACCCACUACCUGUAAUUUACACCUGUCCCAAUGUACCUGUCAUGGAAUCAUUAUGUAGCUAACUACCUCCAGUAUUCCUUUGCUGAAUCUUCCAGUGUUGUCGAAAUGUCAAAUUAUGUUGUAACCAUCACUCGAGUUCUUGAAGGUGCCAGUAUUAGGACUAGAAACACUGUUCAUUUUAAGUUCAGAAAGAUCAUAGAACUAGAAGCACAGGGUCUUGUUUUAAAGACAGUAGAAGUACAAACUCUCAUUUGUAAGCCAAACAUGGAUGUUUUGUAUGCUAGGUCAGAAAUCACCUGUGGAAACAAAUUCUAUACAGCAUUGUGCAUUUUAACUGCACAUCCAGAAAGGAUUUGAAGUGUAGAGGUUCAACUUGGUGCUGUAGAUGUAAGAAAAAUGACUUUUUGAAUUUAGAUUAAGCAGCAUUUAGAUGAAACUCACAAUUGGAUGACACAAUGCUUACUGCUCUGUAGUGUAGCAAGUCGUCCCAUGCUGUCCCUCUCUACAACUGUUUCUGCACAGCAUCAAAUGUUGCUUUUUUCCUCAUAGUCUUAAACGUUAUGUUCAUUUUUUGUCCAGGGUGCUUCGUUAGAUUGGAGCCUCUGCUAAAGCAUUGAAAUAGAAAACAUCAGAAUUUAGAGUGAACUUUUGUUGUACCAAAAGGUCAAGAAACAUUCUGUAGCUUCAAUGUUACUCAUUAGAAGGAAUGUAGAAACUUUUGUUCGAGCGGGAGAAAAGAAUGUACAGAGUAGACUUGUUUCGGUUUAGAUUUCUUUUUUUUCUUCUGACGGCUGAUGUACAAUUUUCCUACUAUGUCCCUUGCUGCACAGACAGCAGCGAAACGUUGCUUCUCAGAGCCCUGAAGAGUCUCCCCCGUUCCUGGCGGCCCCUCAUGCCUUGAAGACUCCCCUCUGCAGUAGUUCCCAUGCUGGAUGUUGCCUGCCACACUGCCCAGAGUUUAUGUAGUGGAUACAUAGUAGGUGUAGCGACGUAGCCAUUUGUAAUGAUACAAUGUAGCGACACAAGCUGCUCCAGUUCAACACGUGGUACCAUGGCAACAAGGCAAGCUUCUGCAGCCAGCAUCCUCCCGUGACCUCCCCUGACCUUCCUGACUCUGGUGCAGGAGAAUGUUAGAUGUCAGGGAGGAGAUUGUAAUUAUUAAAACACUGAACAUUCA